UACAGACAUUGUGACGAAAUGAUACAGCGUUCAAAAAGCUGAUAGUAAAAAAUUCAGAAAUGACAGAGUAGUUUUUUGUGGUGAAGAAUUAUCCAUAGAAUCAUUCGACUGGAAAUCAAAUCAAAAUCAAAAAUAAAUUCUCUUGACAUUUUUCUCAGACCAACUAAAAAUCAAAAAAAUCAGUAUUACGACAACAUUUUGAAUGGAUCCCAAAACAUUAACAGUUAUAUCCUACAUUUGUUUACUUAUAAUUAGUUGCUAUUGCUUCGUAGAACAUGUGUUGGAGCCUCAAAGUGAAAUAGGCACACUUUCUUUCGCAAUUAUGGCAUUUGGCGCGGCCUUAUGUGCAAUAAAAACAUAUGAUGAAUCAUUGAUGCCUGAUGCCUUAAAAGAAGCUCAAAAAAACGUGGAAAUUUUCAGCGAUUCCUUCGUACUAUCUUUUGCAGCUGCAGAAGUAUGGGAAAAGCAGAGAGUUAGGAUGGAAGUGGUGAUCUUCCAAAUGCUACUCCCUUUUCUGCCAAUAGCGCUUUAUAUUUCUGAUAAGGAUUACAAGAAAGCUCUGGAGUACGUGAUAUUGGGAUCUCUUAUUUCGUUUGUUACAGCAUCAAUUUUAUGUUUUUGUAUAUGCGGUGUUCUAACAGCUGGCAUUUAUGCUGCUGGUGAAUUUUACGUCAAGGAUAAAGUCGUAUUAGAGUCAGUACCACAAGGGGAUUUGAAAAAUUAUGUUAAUUGCCUAUUCUGCUUAUUUUUGUUGUAUACUUUGGAUUAUGUUUGAACGUAUAAUGAAACAAUGUCUGAGAAAUGUUAAUAUUUUUAUGAUAUAGAUAUAUAGGUGAAUGAA